CAACCAAGUUUAAUUCAAUGUACUUUCAUUUUUGCAGUUUGGAAUUGGAUAACAAAAUCAACAGGUAAAGCUCAACUGAUAUAAUUGGAGCUUUCAUUAUCAAGACAUAUAUGUGUGUAGGAUUCAAUGCAAUUCCUUUUCCUUUUGUCCUUGAAGCUGAUGUAAUUCUGGACCCAAACACAGCCAACCCAGAUCUCCUGGUCUCUGAAGAUGGAAAAUAUUUGAAAGCAAAAAAAUAUGGUCAUGAAUCUUGGAAAGGGUUCCAAUGGAAACGUUCUAAAUUUGAUGGCUGGACGUGUGUCCAAGCUGAAGAGGGUUAUAACGCAGGUAGACAUUACUGGGAGGUAGAUGUGAGGAAGAAACAUGAGUGGAGGGUAGGAGUUGUAAAAGAAUCUGCCCCUCGGAAUGGCUAUGUCACAAUGAACACAAAAACAGGGUACUGGAAUCUGCGCUUGCAACUGGGAACUUUGAUGGCUUUGACUGAACCAGUCACUAAAGUCAACCUGCCGACACCCUCUAGGGUCGGAGUUUAUCUGGACAUAGAGGAGGGCCAUGUCUCUUUCUAUGAUGCAGUUAAAAGAAGACAUAUCUUCUCUUUUAACACUGACUUUAAUGAGACUGAAAACAUUUACCCAGUGUUUGGCACUGUUGAGACAGACAGAGCAUUGAUGAUUUCAUCGUAA